ACACAGCUCUCUAGGAAGCGUUUUUAUGGCACUGCCCACCCUCUCCCCGCUGCUGGAGCGUCCAGGGGCGUGGUCCUCACGCCCUCCGGUCCUCGUCCUUCUGUCUGCUCGGCUCUCCCACUCAGACGACAGGAAUGGCGUUGGCUUUGAAGUCAGACCUGUCUGGGUCCGCUCCCAGCCUGGCCCCUUUCCUUGCAGCCGACACGGGCAAAGCACUUGCUGCCCCGAGUCUUAACUCCUUCUGGGGGACGGGGGUGAUGGUCCCCAUGCAACGCCUCACCCCUGCUCUCUGUUGGGCAUAACUAGACGGUUAGACCCGCAGGACUUCCGGACCCUGGUUCCCUCCCUGGCACUCGCCCUGCAAGGAGACCAAACAACCCGCGGGGGACCGGGAGCCAUUCUCUGAGACAGCUCAGGUGCGAGGGAAUGAGACCACGCAAGCAGGGUGUUGUCCCACACAAUCUGAAGGCACCGCGGCCUCCGGAAAUCUCCAGAAAGUCAGAGUCGCAGAUCCACUUCGUGGCAUUAAGUCUUGACCCGUGAACUAUGCACGCGAUGGAGCCCGCAGCCAGAGGGCGGACUGAGAAAAGCUUCAGCUACGUUGUCAGAGCCCCCGGCAGCGAUGGGUUUGAUGCGAUGAACGUUGACGUGAAGAUUGACACGUGCUGGGUAUUCCAGGACGUAGAGGACGGUGGUGAGGAGCCCGGCUGUCGUCCGGCAGCUGGAAGCCCAGACACGGAUGCGGGCGUGCUCAGGAAGCAGCUGGAAUCCUCAGAGCAGAAGCUGCUGGCAGCUGUGGACAAGCACGUGAUGUCGGAGUCCAGGCUCAGGAGCAGAAUCCAGGAGCUAGAGCUGUCGGAGAGACAGCUCCUCCAGAGCGUGGACCAGCUGAACGCCCGCGUGUUGCAGGAAAGGAGCGACGCUGCCCGGGCCCAGGAGAAGCUCCAAGCCCUGCGGGACGAGCUUGCCAGCCAGGUUCUGGAGAAGGAGCGCGCGGCCAGGCGGCAGCGGUGGCGGCUGCGGCGGCUGCGGGAGCGGCUGCGGCGCAAGGACGAGGCGCUGGGGCGGCAGGCGGCGGCCCUGGAGCGCUGCCGAGGGACACAGCGGCGCCAGCUGGCCCUGGUGCGAGAGCAGGAGCGCGGCCUGCGGGAGCAGGUGCGGCGGCUGGAGCGGGACGUGCGGCGCCUCUGUCACGCGGCCGGCCUCCUGCUGGCGGAGCUGGACGCCCCGGCCGCGCGCGGCCCCCGCGGCCUCGGCGCGGCCGGCCCCGGUGGGGAGGCCGAGGAGCUGCGCGCCCUGCGGGCGCGGGCCGAGCGCGGCGAGCGCGAGCGGGACGAAGCGGCGCGCCGGUUGCGGGAGCAGCGCGCCACGGAACGCCGGCUCCGCGGGCAGCUGGAGGAUCUUCGCUGCUGCAUCUACGAGCUCAAGCUGUCGGAGAUCGGCCUGCAGGGCCAGGUGGAGGACCUCGCCCAGCAAAACCGCAGCCUUCGAGAGGAGCUGGGGGCCCAAGCCCCCGGGGAGAGCGCGCGCAGCACUGCCUCUGCCGGUCAGUGCAGCCCGGACGCCCUGAGCCAGCUUCAGGACGAGCCACUGGCCCUGCCCGGGGAGGGCGCCCUGGAUGCCUGCCGAAGCCGAGGCUUGCAGACCACCCUCUGCUCCCAUGGCGCCCCUGGCCCGAGAAGCUCAGCAGGCCAGCCCUCCGAGGCAUGCUGCUCCCGGGACCGUGUCGGGGCCGGGCGAGGCCCCUAUGUUGUGGUGGCAGGCCUGGAGGCCACAGAUGAGACCCUGGAAGACGUCACAGGAUCUGACCGUGGACGGCGGACUCCGGCUGAGCCCAGCUUGGAUGCGCAGACUUUUCUCCUCAUCUGUGGCUGCCCCCCCGGCCAGUACAGGGAUGGCUCACUCCUCCCCGUGGAGCUGGCCGGGAUUUCAGAGCAGAGGCUAGCAGCUGCCCAGGUCCUGGUGCAGAUGUCCACACUCCCUCCCUGGGGGCCGGCCGGGGACCCCCCUUCCCUGCCGCCACUGCUCCUGCUCCAGGAGGCUUCUCCACAAGAAUCCCAGAUGCGACAGACGCUGGAUGCCAGGUUCCCACCUGCUCCUAGAGCCGGAGGACCCACCUGCCGGAAUCCCCACUGGAGAAGGGGCCAGAAUGCCUCCCUCUGCCACGAGCCCCCCCAGAUCUCAAGUCACAAGUUCAAGUCAAGUGUGAAAGGCGCUUGGAAGGAGGGAGGAGGGCCCCCAGAGUGGAGAACCGAGGAGCAGGGGGCGAGGAGGAGUCGGGGCAGGAAGGAGGCAGACCUUGGUGACGAGAGCAAGCUAAGUCAGGAAAUCCGACACAACCCGAGCCCGGGGGACGGCGUCAGAGCCCCAGAGGGCGAGCCGGUCGAGAACGGGGCCUCAGAAUCCCAGGCCUCUGUCUCCUGCCCUUGGCCCAGGCCAAAGCUCCCAUGGCCUCUUUUGCAGGAGGAGGCCUCCGUGUCAACUGAUGGUCCCGCACCCCUGAGUAGGAGGCGGAGGGAGGGAGGGCUUUCGUCACUGGAGGAGGAAGAGGCCCCCCCAGCCAGGGCCCAGGGCUCCCAGAGGCCAAGUCCAGGAGGCACUCAGCUCCUUGCAGGGCAGGGCGAGGAGGAAACACUCGUGUGGUCUGCAAAUGCUCUGAAUCUGCAAGAGGAAAGCCCUGGGGACCAAAGGCAAGGAGAGAAGGAGGAGAAAGCACCGCGUCUAGAAGGGGCUCGUCUGGGCCACAGGGAUGUCCCAGGGGAGCCUGGCCCCGAGGAACGUGAGCACCAGGAAACGCUCUCCCCGGUGGCGGAGGGAGGUCUGACACUGUCUCCCCGAUCGGCCUUUCCACCCAGGGGAACCGAACCUACCAGUGAUCCGUGGGCUCUGAGCCAACAACCUGACAGGUCUGAGCUCAGAAGAGACGAAUUUGGGAAGGAGGCAGAAGCUUCUUCCCAGCAACUCUCCAUCCUGCAGCGUGGGGGCGGGGGGCAAUGGUGGCCAACCUCCACACCGGCUGGAGGAAGCAAGAGCUUGGCUCGGAAACAGCACAGCCCCCCGGAGAAUGCUCACUCCCAGCAGGCUUUGGCAAACCAGGGCUCGGAUAUUUGUUUGGCCAGAGAGGUCAGACCUGGGGGGACCGGCGAAGAGGUCGGACCAGGUGGGACGGAGGUCCUGGGGACCAGCACCGCUCUCCCAGGGAUGGUGCCUGAUUUAGACGACGUGGGUCCGGGUCCAGAGUGGCCCUCCGAGCUGGGUGGGAACCAGCCCUCUCAGCCACUGAGAGCCCUUGAAGAAGAGAGGAGAAGGUUUCACCAGCUCAUUUCUGGGCUGAAACGAGAGAGAAGCCAAGUUUUACGUGACAACGCCGAGCUGCGGGGCGACCGAGAGAGAUGCCGUCAAAAAGCGUGCGCCCUCGAGGAAGAGAGGGAGAGAACUGUGACAGAGAUCGCGGCCCUCGAACAGAACAACAGCAUGCUGCUAGGAGACAUCGCGCACUUGAAGAGGGAGCUGGCCCAAUACCGGCAGGUCAUUUCUGACCUGGAAGACUGCAAUGGGAAAAGUUACGGCAAAAUUUCCGAGCUCGAAGAGGAGAACGAGCAGCUGAAAGGGCGCCUGGCCCAGCUUCAGAGAGCCACGGCCGAGAGCGCCAGAAAAUCCAAGGGUGUGAUGGAGCACAUCACAAUGGAAAACCGGGAGCUCAAGGCGCUGAUCUCGGAGCUCGGGGUCACUUCCAAAGAGCUGAUGAAGGGUGUGAUGCUGGGGGUAGAAGACACGGUCCAGGCCUUCAGGGGGGAGAACGCCCAUCUUCUGAGCAGGAUCCGCGUCCUGGAGACAGAAGUCGCGUUGGGGGCCAGCACAGCUGGGGGCCGCUUGGUGAGAGCGGAGGAGGGUCCGCAGGGGGAGAGCAAGAUGGCGGGGGGCAAGGGGGGUGCUGUGGAAAGGGGGGUGCAGGUGACUCAGCUGUCAGGGCAACUGACCGCAGAAGCCCACGGGCCGCCCUUGGAGGAGAAACCAGGUCUGGCUGGCAGGUGGAUGGGGCCUUCCUUACGCAUGGAGAAUUCCAGAAAUGAUGGCAAUUCAGCUGCCUCGUCGCUGGGGGGGAAGUGCUGAGGUUUGGAAAAGGAGGAGAAAAGACCACGGUGUUCUGCAGACCCAGGGCGAGCUCUGAGGGCAAGCAACGGCCCCCAGGGCACGGAGACAGACACCCCCAAAGAGGACCUCAGGCUGUGCAUUGGGCACCUCCAGCACCAGGUGCUGACCCUGCGGUGCCAGCUCAGAGACCAGGCUUCUGCCCACCGGGUACUGCAGGUGUCACAUGGGGAAGCCACCCGCCUCCGGGACCAGCUCAAGGGCGAGCUUGAGGAACUUCAGAGAAAGCAACACGAGGCAAAUUCGGCCGUGGCUCCUUUGAAGGCCAAGCUGGCUUCUCUGGUCCAGAAGUGCCAGGAGAGGAACCGCCUCAUCACGCACCUGCUGCGGGAACUGCACCGACACGGGGCUGAGGAUCACCUGCUCUCCGAGACGGCACGGGGCAUGGUGGACGACGUGGCACUGGCCGAGUACGCGGCCGCCUUCCUGGCUCCGGCGCUCCCAGAGACCAGCCACCACCUGGAUGUCGAGUCUGAGACGGCAGCAGCUGUAAGAGCUCAGAAACACCUCCCGAAGCCCAAAACAGACAGUGUCAUCAUCCAAAGACCUUUGCAUUCAGAGUCCUGGCCUGUUCCUGAGGCUGAGUGGCCAGCACAGAACACGGCUAGACCGGAUUCACCAAAGCUUCCCCCGCCCUCAGGGCCGACGCCUGGUCCCGGAGCGUGUCCGUGUCCGGCUGCAGCCGCUGUGGAGCCCGCGUGCCCUGCGCGACGCCCGCAGGGAGAAGGCGGGCUGUCCUGUCCCGUCCUCCGAGCCGAUGACCCCCCACCACCCUCUGAGCUCCUGAGUCCUGCGAGGAUCCUGGCUUUCCACAAAGAGCUCACACGAAGCAUUCGCAGCAAUGCCCAGGUCCAUCGAUCACCGCUGGAGUUAUAAAUUUAAUAGAAGCUCUCACACUCCCGGGCCAUUUCAUAGACUCCAUAAAUAUUUGAAGCCGAGCCUUCAGACACGGCUUUAAGGAAUUGGUAGCAAUCAAAGCCCUCAUUCGGUAGCAAGUGGUUUUGCCUCUGGCUCGGGGGUCUGUGCUGCUCGUCGGAGCUUGGGAGAAAUACUCGACUGUGCCCGACACAUUCCGAGAGCUUUGUCAAGGCAGCAAAGGGAAUAUUUACCGUACCAAAACCUAUUGAAUGACUGGUCCGCUGGUUCUCAACUGGGCAUGAUUUUUCCCAACCAGGGAAAAAAUUGGCAACGUCCGGAGACAUUUUCUAUGGUCCUAACUCGGAAGCCGCUCCCGGCAUCUAGUGGGUAGACGCCAGGGAUGCUGUUAAAUAUCCCAUGAUGCACAAGGCAGUGUCCUACAACACAGGUAAUCCAGCCCAGAUGUCAACAGAGCCGGGGUUGGGAACCCCUGAACUGGUCUAUCAGCUCCUAACAUUGACAGCCACAGAGACCUGUGUUGUUAUUUUCCUGCCCUUGGGGCCCCUCCCCAUGUGUGAAAAGAGCUUUGUCUACUAGAUGAAAUGCUUGAUUUAAGUAAUUAUAUAUUUUACAUGUUAAGGCGUUAAAACCCAUCAGAACUUUCUAAUAAGGCCCAUUCAUUCAACCAACAUUUGUUGACAUCCAACGAAUGCCAGGAAAUAUAAUGUGAGGGGGAGGGAGGUGAGCCAACUCUGGUCCCUGCCUCAGGUUGCUCACGGGGCAAUGGGAGACACACGUAUGAACCACGCACCGUGUAGCUCAUUAAGAGUGCCGUGAAGCGCGGUGAGAUGAAGGUAAGGGCCCUUUCUGCCCAGCCUCGGAAAAUGGAGGUCAUUCAGGAGGGGAUGAGCAGAGCCCCUGGGCCCACUGAAGUGUUCAACACACAAGUGAGGUAGGGAAGGGUGUUGCAGUCAAAGGGAACAGCACGUGCAAAGGCCCCGAGGCAUGGAACUGAACUUUGUGCGUGUCAUUAAAGACGUGUGCAAAGCAGCCCCUGGCCCAGCCAGCUACGAGGGGUUCCUGCCUCAUCCCAUCCUGCACCCCUCUCUUUCUCCCUGAGAAUAGGACUUAUGCCCUGACCUGGGUGUAGGACUCAGGAGUGAAGAAAAUGCAUCUAUUCUGAGAGCAAGCCGCCCAACAAAAGAAUCAAGGGGUCUUGCACCACUUAUGCCCAGAUCCUGUCCCCGGGCUCACCAGAGACACCAUCUCUGUCUCUGGAAAGGGACUGGUGAAGGGUUGAGGGAAAGGUCAGAGUUACCUGUCCGGUUCUGUCCCCCCCUGGAAUGUCUUGUCACUUUGGGCCAAGGAGGUAUCGGGACCAGAGACCUGGGGCUCCCGGGGCAGCAGGCAAACGUGUAGAUUAUACUUUAAUGCGGUUUAACUUUAAAUAUUGGCAAGUGCAGGGAGGUCCCAUCUACCUUUCCCCUGGCCUCCCAUAAUGUUCACACCUUAUACACCUGACCACACGGCAGUGACAGAAACCAACGGAUUUAUUUUGAGGGAACCCGGGGGAGCCAUUGAUUCGUAAGAAAAGCGGGGCCAUCGAGCCAGCGACAACACACUGAGCUGCCGCCACCGUGAUGAACCCAACGGGCUGCGUGAUGGGUCAUCACAUCCAUCCACCUGUCCUUGCGCUGAUUUGCCAACGGACCCACCCAUCCGUUUGUUCAGUGCGCAUUCAGCGCUAACUGCCAUGUGAGGCCAGGUCCCGGGAAGCAGGAACAAAGAAGAUGCAGUCGGUCCUUAUCCCCCAGGACCUCCUGGCAACCGUGCGUCCCCAUCAGGUGCUCAAGGAACCCCCGAUGUUGGAAAACACUGUUGUAACUACUGCCAUUCUGGCCACCAACGCCAGCCACGGAAUUGCCAGCCGUGUGGCGUCCUAUACAGCUGGUCCCUCACGUCGGCGUGGGACCUCUCUUUGGGCGCCGUCUCCACCUUCAUUUUGGGACAACGCCGUCAGCUUUGGGCACUGGGACUACGAGGAAGAGGAGGGAGGAGCCAGGUGAGGCCGGGCAACAGCCAGCCGAACCUCACUGCUAAGCCGGCCGGAUGCCCUCGAGGCCACCCCUCAUCUCCAGGACACUCUCCCCGGGUUCGGGGGCCCUGCCGCCUGUCACGUGAGCGCUCCGUCUCCCGCCUCUCACAGCCUGGGCCUCGGCGGAGAGGCGACUGGGGAAAAUCCAUCAAAGGAAGCCAAGGCAAUCUUUGUAGCAUAACACGGUGAUUCCAUAAUAAAUCAUCUUCAAAGCCAGAAACCACUUAUUAACCAGCCUGGGGCUGGCACUUCCUGUCGCCUCAAGCCGGGUCGUUGCUUGGGGCUGUGACUCCCCGCUGGUGCAUUUGCGAUGGCGGAUGAAGGACUCUGGCAUUUUCUUCACCUCCACCAUAGACCCCAGCCCUGGGAAGGGGCCACCCCCUCGCUGGGCCUGAUGUGGCCAGCGCCCAGUCUGGUCAGAUGCCCCCGGGGUGGAGGCUGCACCAGCUGGGGCGGCAGAGUGGGGUCAGGCAGGAACCCGGCACGCAGAAGCUGGGGUCAGGCCGCCCCCCACACCGGGAACCGUGCUGUGAGUGACCCGAGGCCUCCGGGGAGCGGCCAGAUGGACCAGCCCGGCUGCUGCAGCAGAAAACAAUUUGUCAGAGGGCUGUCAAUAAGCAGCCACGGUGACCUUCUUUGGGACUGCCUGCCCAGGCUCUGCAGAACGGAAGCCCUGAGCCCGAGCGAGG